AAUUUAUUUUUGUUCCACGACUUAAUAUGGAAAAUUACGAAAAUCAAAUUUGUAAGUUGAUGAAAUUUGCAAAAGGUUAUGAAAACGAAUAUAAGGAUGUUCUAAAACACGAAUAUAAUAAUAAACAAAAGAUAAAGGAGUUAAAUUAUAAGUUACUGGACCAUAACAUAACCCAAAUGCAUGAAAUUUUAAAAGAAAAGGAAAGUAAGCGAUUUGAAUUAGCUCAUAAUUUAACGAAAGAAACAGAGAAUUUGCUUCAGGAAAAAAAAAAAUAUACAGAAAAUGCACUCGAGGAAUUUAAAGAAGGAAUUGAAGAUUGGCUUAAAGAACGAAAACAUGCUGCACAAAAAGAGUUAUUCCUCGCUAUUCAUGAAUUAUCUUUAAGCAUUGGUAAAGCUGUUAUUCAGCCCGGAGGUGUACUCAAUUUUGUUGAUACUGUAAAAAAAAUAUCCAAAUCAGUUCAAGAU